AUGGCAAGUUCAGAGGAGGAAGGUUGUAGAAUAAAUUUUCCAAGAUCCAACCGAUCCACAACCAUGAACGCCAUCUACACUGCCAUCCUCGUCGCAUUGACUCUUGCCUACUCCACCGUCGCCUGGAUCGGACUCUCCAUGGAUGCCAACGCCAACGAGGUCCUUUUCUGA